GGACUGGAGGCGGCCGAGCUGGUGCUGGACGAGGGGGCGAGAGUUAAUAUUUUACUAUAAAACAGUGGCUGUGGACAUGGAGAACCCUGAAGUUGAAAUCAAAGGACGCAAUGCAGUGUCAGUGCAGAUCACAGUGCUGAGGGGCAGGAACUUGAAAGGAACUAAGACAGACAAUCCAAUGUCCUAUGUCCGUGCUGAUUAUAAUAGCAUUCAUCUUGGAGACUCGGGGAAAUUGCAGGUGACUGAAGGAGAAAUAGAGUACAACUUCACAACCAGCUUUGAUUGUAGCUUUGAUGGAGUUCAAGGGUUGGACAACUUGGUGCAUAAACCUGUGAUUUUGACAGUUAUUGAAAUUUUACCUAAAGAAAAGAAGAAAAAAGAUGAGAAGACUAUUAUACUGGGUCAAGUUACAGUGGACCUACUACCUCUUGCUGAAGGCCUGUGUACAUAUACAAAAACCCUUACAGUCCAUCCUAUGGGCGGAGUUGUUUUGGAACCAAUUGUAGCAGAUGAAACUAAGGCUGCACUGGAUAUUGCCUUGUCUGUCCCAGAACCAUUACUAUCUGAAGCCCAAUUGGAAGUAUCUAAUCUGAUGAGGAUCACUGUAGAGUCUGCCUAUUCAGUUCCUGACAGCUGGAACCUCACUGGACCACAAUUUAAUUAUAUAAUUUCACUAUUUCUGCCAGAUUCCACUCAGAAAGACCCUCGGAUUGUAUUUUCUAAUGGAAUUUUGAAGGUGACAGGAGAAAAAGAGCCCAAUAUUAGACCAAAGAGAUGGCCAGUAAGCAACGUAGCUGCAUUUGGGGCUCAGAAUAUCGUAGAUUCCUUCAUUGAGAUUUGCCCAUAUGAAGAUGAAGAUGGGGAACUAAAUAGCAAAGAGGAUUGGGCAUUUAGAACAGAGGCAGAAAGUGAGAAGAAGCGUGUCACAUGGAACAUCGAACGACGCUGCUUUUUGGAGUCUGACGCUUUGCUGAGCUUGCAGAAGCAUAUAGCAGAAAAUACUUACUUACCCGUGGAGAUCAAGCGUGUGCCAUUAGCUCCUCCGGCUAAAGGAGGGAAAAGCAGUAAAGUAGAUAAGUCAGAGGAGGAAGGACCUAUUUAUUUCCGUGGAGUAUUGUAUGUAAAUAUGGCACCUUUACUGUAUCCAGGUGUGAAGCGGAUUCGAGGAGCAUAUCCAAUAGGUCCUUAUAAUGAGGUUGAAAUAUUUGAAAAGACAAAACAUAAGAAGAGCUUAACUCGGGAUACAUCUGGAGGGAAAGGACAAUCUCAACAUUCCAGAAUUAUUGUUAACAAGUCUAAGGAGGAUAAGGGACGAGAUACAAUGAGGAAGAGCUUAGUAAAUGUGAAGUCAUUUAUUACUGAACAUGGAUUAGAAACUGAAGUAACUGGCAUAGUUAACGUAGAAGGAGAUCAAUAUACAGAAGCAAAGUCCUAUAUUGUUCUGGAGUUUAGUCUGGAUAAACCUCUGGUGCAGAGACGACUUCGAGAGGAUCUGUCUAAAAAGAUUGCAGAGAUGAUCCCUCCUCGGCCAUUAUUUCCUCGUAGGACAAGUGGAGCAGAUAAGGCUGUCACAGACUACCAUAAUCAGAUAAUUAGCGUGGCAAGAAUCAUCAUGGAUGAAUACCAGGAUAUGUUUGGACGGAAACUAAUUGAAGGCAAACUCUCACAUGAUUACCAGGAUCAGGAGGAGCGUAAACAUAAACUUAUAUUUGAGCUGAACACCUCAGGAAAAUAUUUUGCCUUUAAGGAACAGUUAAAGCACGCAGUUGUAAAAAUUGUGCGAGAAAAAUACAUGCAGACAAUGGCUUUUGAAGAUAAAGAACAGCUUCAUACAUUCCUUAAUGAGUUGUAUAUAUAUUUGAUUGAUCAGAUGCACUGCUGCUUACACAAGAUGUUCCAUGUGGAUCCACCAGAUCCUAUUCCGGAAUCAUUUCUUAGUUCUGCUCAAUUAAAACACUUUGCUAAAGAAGCUGAAGCCAACAGGAACUUUGAAAUUGCAAAUAAAUACCACCUAGAGCGAUUGGCACGUGACAAAUUGAAUCCUGAACACUGGUUCGAUUAUGGUACUUUCUACCUUUUGUUAAAUGAAUAUGUCAAAGCAGAUGAAUGCUUCCGUGAGGCUGUUGCAGUAAACCAAGAACAUAUAAACAGCCUUAUCCUAUGUGGCAUUCUAGCAUGUAUGAAUGAACAUUAUGAAGAAGCAGAUAAUUUAUUUGAGAGUGCCAGAUGCUUCGAGCCAAACAACGUAUUAGCUUGGACAAUGCAUGGAUUGUUCUAUGAAAGUCAGGAACAGACAAUUCUAGCAGAAAUGGCCUUUUUGGAGGCAAAAAAGCUUAUAAUGGCAACUGAAACACCGAAAAGGUCUCAGGAUGAAGUGAUCGUGAACACGGCAAAGGAAACCAAGGUUCCAGAACCUGAACCUGAGGAUGACAAAAAAGAUUCACAAGCUGUUACAGAGGAAAUUAAACCUGUAGUUCCUGACACCGGUAGCUUACAGUCUGCUUCAACUGCAGUUGAGGUGCCUCCAGAAACAAUUCCAGACUCUGAAUCUACAUUCAGCCAGAUAAGGAAGACAUCUUUUGAAAUAGUAGAAGCAAAAAAAGUUAUUGAUGCCGUUGAAAGUCCCAUAUCACCAAAGCAACAAGAAGAGCCAGUACCUGUUCCAAAAACUGUGCAGCCACGAAAAGAAACUACAUCUGUAUUAACAAGAAGUAUUUACAUGCAAACAGCAAGGUUUCUAUUGGACGUUAAUGCAUUGCAGUUUGUAUCCAGAGCUUUGGCACAUGAGGUGAUUUGCACAGAAGGUGGGUUAAGCUGUGAAUAUCACGUGGUUCUGGCUCGACUUUAUGUACAGCAAGGGGAAUUAGGAAAAGCAGAGGAAUGUAUUUCAGAAGCAGGACGAAUCAAUCAUCAGAAUUCAGAUCUAUGGGCUUUACUGGGACAUUUAAGCUACAUGAAAGAAGACUAUGCUGAGGCUAAGGAACAUUAUGCACGCACACUGUGUUAUGUCGAUGAUGCUUUUGACAUGCAUUGCAUCUGCUUGAGACUAGGAUCCAUCUAUCUCCAGGAAGGCGAGGAGGAGUCAUAUAAAUCAGCCAAAUCGGUCUACCUCUUUGCUAGUGAGAGAGCACCAUCCUGCUUGACUUGGCUUGGAGUUGGCAUUGCCUGCUAUAGGCUUGAUGAAUUGAGGGAUGCUGAAGAUGCUCUGUGUGAGGCAAAUAUCCUCAAUAAUUCUAAUGCAGAUGUCUGGGGCUAUCUUACAUUGGUAUGCCUAAAGACAGGGAGAAAACUGGAAGCAGAACAAACCUAUAAAUAUGCAAUAAAGUUACACCUUGAAGAUAAACAGCUUCUUGAUGAGAUUCAUCAGCUGCAGCAAACUCUUGGUUUUGGAAACCCUACAUUCUGAAUCCGUUGAUAUCAUUCAGACCUGGAAUGGCCCUGUAAUUCAACACUAUGAUAAUCAACACAUUUUUUUGUACCUAUUACUUUUAUAAUACGUUAAAAGUUGUGAUUUUGGUUCAUAUGUAGCCUGACUUACAUAUAUAUACUAAAGUAUAUCCUAAAAACGAAUACUUGUAUUCAGGCAUAAAAGCUAAAUUAAACAGAUUUUGAAAAUGUUACUCAAGUCUGCUGCUAUUUAUGAUGACCUUAACUUUUUGUAGUCUUUCCGCUACUUUGUUGUUUUGUUGUUUGGUACAUGUAUGUUAAAUUUCAUUACAUGUGUUUCUCUUAAGCUUUGGUUAAACCGUCAGUAUUCCACCAUCGGAAUGCUAGAUUGUAAUUCACAUAACACAGCAAUAAAUUUUGCCAUCAAUAAAAUUAUUUUGCUUUCUUCUA